AUGUACAGAAACGUGGGCUGCCCUGGGCUCAGAGAGAGGGAGAGCCUCCGUGCGCAGUGUUUCCUCUCUGAAACCUCCGCAGGGGCGAGUAAAGGUGGAGACGAACCCGGGAAGUUGCCGGAGCAGGAAGAAGAAGAGGAAUCCCAGGUUUUGCACGGAACCGGCCAUUGCAAAUGGUUCAAUGUGAGAAUGGGAUUCGGGUUCAUCUCCAUGAGCAACCGAGAGGGAAGCCCCUUGGAGUCUCCAGUUGAUGUCUUUGUACACCAAAGCAAGCUUUACAUGGAAGGAUUUAGAAGCCUAAAAGAAGGAGAACCUGUGGAAUUUACUUUUAAGAAAUCUUCCAAAGGCCUUGAAUCAAUACGGGUAACAGGCCCUGGUGGGAGCCCCUGUUUAGGAAGUGAAAGACGACCCAAAGGGAAGACAGUACAAAAAAGAAAACCAAAGGGAGAUAGAUGCUACAACUGUGGUGGCCUCGACCACCACGCUAAAGAAUGUAGUCUACCUCCGCAGCCAAAGAAGUGCCAUUACUGUCAGAGCAUCAUGCACAUGGUGGCUAACUGCCCCCAUAAAACUGUCUCGCAGCAGCCCACUAGUUCUCAGGGAAGACACGAAGCCGAACCGCAGCCUUCCACUUCUGCCUUCCUGAGAGAAGGGGGAGGAACGCACGGCUUCUCGUCUCCAUCGUACUCUCAGGAAGGCAGGUCGGAGAUCUCGGAGCGCUCGGGCAGGUCACCACAGGAAGUGUCGUCGAGUAAGUUGUCUGCGUCACCUGAAGAACCAAACAGAAAGGGGCCUUCUGUUCAGAAAAGGAAAAAAACUUAAUGCAUUUUUCAUAAUGUUCCGUUUUCUUUACCCUCUUGGGAUGUCUACCUCAUGCAAGUACAGGGGAAAUAAUUCAUUAUCAGUAGCUGACCUGGAAUUUUAACUACUGUUGAGGAACUGUGAAUGUUUUGUUGUUUGUUUUUUGUUUUUUUUUUUUUUCUUUGAUAGACAAAUCACUCCAAAAAAAUACAUUUGAGCAGGGUGCAUUAUGUUUUACUUUUUGUGUGUAUGUGUGAGUGUGCAUGUGUGUGUGUGUAUGUGUACAUAUCUAUAAAUAUAUAUUUUUCCAUCAGACCAUUUUCCAGAUCCCACCAGACAUUACUGUGAAGCAAAAGUCACAGUACCCAAUGUUCCUGAACCUUUUCCUAAAAUCUGUUUCUAAAUGUGUUCAGAAAGCAAACAAGAAAACCCAAUUUUCUGAAAUUUCACUCAGAAACAAACCAAACCUGAUAAACUACACAAAGAACUGAGAUCAAGACUGUUACAUCUCUUGUGAACCAAAGGAUACUUUCAUAUUUUAAAGCUGCCAUAUGGUACUAAAGAUACUAAGACAUCCCCCCCGUACCAUCAAUUUGAAUUACUUCCUUUUUCACCUCCACAAGGUAUCAAAACCCUCCCCUCCCCAUGCCAGUGCAGGGCAGUUUCGUGACUCAA